ACACGAAAGUGCCAAUCAGUUGAUCGUACGCUAUGCUGCAGAACGUUAACACCUCGCUGGCCGGUUUUGUCCGUGCGCACAAUGGCCUGCGUUUUAUAAGCGAUCGCAACUGUAUCAUUCGCCGGGAAGAGCACCUAUCGAAAGGCAAGGUCAAGCUGAUCUCCGGUGGUGGAAGUGGUCACGAGCCUGCCCACAAUGGCUACGUCGGUAAAGGGAUGCUGGAUGCGGCCGUUUGUGGAGACGUGUUCUGCUCACCGUCGGCGACGUCGAUAGUCGAUUGUCUUCGAAUGGUGGCCAGUCCGGAGGAAAGCGUGUUGUUUAUUGUCAACAACUACACUGGUGAUCGGUUGAAUUUUGGUUUGGCGGUGGAACGUGCUCGAUCGCAGUAUGGUUACAAGGAUUUACGGAUACUACUGAAUGAUGAUGACUGUUCCAUCGUAGAUUCGAUGGUAAAAAAAUCGGUUGGAAAGCGAGGACUUGCUGGAUGUGUGUUAUUGAUAAAAAUGUUGGGCGCGAUGGCUGAACUGGGUUGUUCAAUUGAUGAGAUAGUCCAGUUUGGGGAAAAAAUGUUGCGAGGUGGACAUAUUGCGACGUUUGGGUUUAGCUUCGAAGAGAUCGACGGUAAGCUGCAUAACGUUGAGCUGGGAAAGGGCCUCCAUGGAGAACCUGGUGUGUGCAAGAUGGGCACGUGCGAUGGAUUUGAGUCGAUUGUUUACUACACUUUGGAUAGGUUGGCUGCCAAAAUUUAUCCAUACAACGAUAAUGAAAUAGUUGUGCUCAUUAACAAUCUUGGUGGAACUUCGGAAUUCGCGUUAGGUGUUUUCGUGAGCACACUGCUGCCCCUGCUGGCGAAUGACUAUAUUGUGAAACGCGUCUACAUUGGGAAUUUUUUCACAUCCUUAAGCCAAUCCGGACUAUCCGUAACGUUUCUGAAUCUAAAUUAUUCGGAUAAAGUGCUCCCAUAUCUAGAUUAUGAGGUACAGGUUGCUUCAACGCUAUUCGGUGGACCUUCUUCGUACAACCUACCCUCUUCAGAAGUUAUUUACUUUGAAGAACGCGACGAAUUCCAAACUACUGGAAGUAUGGAUAAGUUUAAGCUAUGCUUUUCCGAGUCAAGUCAACCGUUGGUCAAGAAUAUCUUGAAAAAUAUUGCAAGCACUUUAAUAUCCAGUCGCGAUGAGCUUAACACCUACGACAAAGAAUGCGGUGAUGGUGAUACAGGAAACACAAUUGCCAAUGGAGCAACCGCAUUGCUAGAUGUUCUCGAUACAACGCUGGAUGUGCUUUAUCCGGCCAAAAUGUUUCAACAAAUCAGCAAGAUUAUGCAACUAAGCAUUGGAGGUACAUCGGGUGCAAUUUACAGUUUGUUUCUACAAGCAGCCUCUCAAGCAUUUUUAGAAGCGGACGGUGAUAUCAAUAUCACUGCCAGGCAUUGGCUGUGGGCGCUGACACAUGGAAACAAUGCUAUCAUGCAGUACGCCUUGACUGAGGUGGGUGAUCGUACCAUGCUGGAUGCUUUGAAACGAGGAGAAAAUGAUCUUCGGGAAGCAAUUAAACAGAACCUAUCGCCAAUAGAUUGCAUCGAAAAGUUUUCCAAGGCCUGCGAAAUGGCAGCCAUAGCUACUCGAAGAAUGGUCCCGAAAUCCGGUAGAGCUGCAUAUUGCACAGCCCAGUCAGGCAGAAAGGACUUUGAGUACCCAGAUCCAGGAGCACAUGGUGUUGCUUUGUGGGCUAAAGCUUUAUUGGAGGCGUAUAAGAAAAACUGUGAGGAAUAGUACACAAUAUUUACAAGAAUAGCGAAGAGAGAAAUAAUCACUAAUCCGCGGAAAGGAAUAAAGGAAAAAAUCGUUGAACGCA